AUGAGAGAGUUAUUUUUGGUUCGUAAACUCGAGGAAGAAAACGCCAAAAAUCAGCCAGCGGGAGCAGAAACACCCAAUGGCGAAAAUAUCAAUAAUAACGACCUUACAACUGCAAUAAUAAUACCUUCAACAACAAAUAGUAAUAGUGACAAUAUCGAUAAUAGCAACCAAGAUAAUUUGGAAGCUUCAAAUUUAAAAGACCCGAGUCACAAAGAACCAGCUUUCAUAGAUGAACAACAGCCUCACGACAACUUAGUCAACGACUUCGAGAAGCUCCAUGUCGAGUCUGAAGCUGAAAUAUUGACGAGCACCAUUGAAGAUAAUACUCCCGAAUUAACCGAAGAAGAACGACAAGAAAAAGAAGCUCAAGCGCAAGCGCUACUAACACGACGAGAAAGUUUGAAACAAUAUUUCAUAAAAAAGCAGUCCCUUGCUAACAACACCAAUGGACAAAUAGACAAUUCAGCAGAAGACACUUCUGCUGACAAAAACACGAAGAGGGAAAGCUUAAAAGAAUACUUUGCAAUUAAGCGAGCACAUAAUAAAGACAAUUCUAUUUCGUCAUUGGUAUCUGAAGAUACUGAUGAUGGAAAUAUAAAGCCUAAAAAUUCAGAAAAGGAUAACUCAUCCUCAUCACAGAAUAUGAAUGCAGAUGCAGAAGAGAAAAGACAAAAAGCGGCAAUAGCUCGGCGCGCGCAAAGAAAACAACUAAUGGAAUUAAAGAGACAGAAAAAACGACAAGUUUCAGGGGACACUGAGGACAUUUUCAUCGCUGUUCCUGAAAAGAAAAAGAAUCCGUCCGUUAAUGAUGAAUCAACAGCAGCCACCACCAGCAGCGGGAAUAAUGAGAUUAUUACGCCGAAAUCGUCAACUCAUUCUCUGGAAGGUAACGAGUCUGAUGAUUCUUUGGAUUGGGAUGCGAUAUUAGCACAAACAGGUGAUUUAGAAUCGGGAAUAGAUUCAGGACUUGUUGAUGUAAUGGACGAUGACGACGAAAAUUUCUGGAAUUUAGAUAAAAUUGAUACUUCUGAAUUGCAAAAACAUUUGUCACCGUUGUCUCGGUCACCUGAUCCAAUGGUACUUAAAAAUAACAAUAGAAAUAUAAAUAUCAAAGAGGACGAUGAAUUUAGUCAUGCUCUUCUCACUGAGGAAGUUGACGACAUUACCGCCAAUUUAAAUACCUUCCCAGAAAAUUCGCUAGAAGAAGAUGAAUUUGAUAGGACGUUAGAUACACAAUUGACGCCCGUUUUAGAACCAACUAUACCUUCAAAGCACGGAAAAAAUUUGGAUGUCGAUAAUAUGGAACUGGAUGGACGCCUUUCCAUUACUCCUCAUCGUCAAUUAUCACCGGAUCCUAGAGACAGUCCGAAUCUACUGACUCUUAUGUAUUCUGUCAAAGAAGAAGAAGAUAUACUCUUGAAGGUUGUCACACAGGAAGUUGACGAUAUCACGGCCAAUUCAAAUAACUUCCCGGAAAAUUCACAGGAAGAAGAUGACUUUGAUAGGACGCUCGAUGUACAAAUGUCAUCAAUGAUAGAUCCAAAAUCACCGUCUCCGAUACCUUCAUUGCGUACAUCUCAUGGUGGAUUCAAGGGAAUUCCUGUGGGAUUACCAAAACCUGUUUUCUCUUCUCAUUUUGGCUCGUCUCCAUCAUCGUCAAGAGCUUCAUCUGUCGCAGAUCACGAUGAAUAUGAGACAAUGUCAAAUGGAUCAAUGACUUCAGUGAUGUCAUCAAAUAGUACAAAGUCGGCAAAUUCAGCACGAAGACAAUACGCAGGACUUCGUAAACCUAAUAGAAUUGGCACAACGGGUGUCGCAUCAAAAAUUGCAUCUCCAAAUCGACAAAUGAUGACAAGUCCUACACCUGGUCGGCCAAGAUCAAUGAGUGUUGUAAGUAAUAGUUCUGCUGACGAGAGCACUACAUCUACAGCAUCAAGGAUCAGUUCUCCUCCUCCUCGUAGGACUCAAUUACCACAAGGCACUCCUACAAAAAAUACUAAUAGUAAUCAAAUACCUGCUCCACGUCAGAGAACAUUGAGUGGUGCCAGUAAUAGUUCAAGAGAUGAAGCCAGAGCUGCAGUGGCAUCUAAAUCAAUUGCUACACCUGUUCGACCUUUAAGCAGGGCAGGAUUAAAUCAAACUAGAUUACCAUCCGGUAUUAGUAGACCUUCAUCACCAACUCAAAUUCGAGGUAGUCUUGUUGGUGAAGGAGCAAAACAAACUACUCCAACAAGAACAUCCACGCUUCCGCAAGCAUCAAAUAUUACGCCACCUUCAGGUUUAGCAAGGCCUUCAAGUCGAGCAGGCAUCCAAAAAACGCCCGGCUCAGCUUCAUCAUCAAGACCAUCAAGUCGACUUAGUACAAUUUCCGAAUCGAAACCUAAAACUUCUACUCUAUAUAACAAUAAAAAACCUCGGCCUAUGUCAAUUGCAGUCUCGCCAAAUUCCGCCGCUAGCCGCAUUACAAGUCCAACCGGAAUUUCAAACAGACCUGGUUCUUCGAUGCUUCGAACAUCUGGGCUAUCUGGGUAUAAUGGUGGACGUCGUAGCUCUGAUAGCCUGUCAUCGUACGAAGAAUACUCGUUGUUCUCACCUCCUGAAUCACCGACCAAUGGAUCCGAAACCGAUUCGUUGACCUCGUUAACUAGCUCUGUUUCUUAUGGUUCAUCACCAGGUAGAGGAACAUCUCCGAUACCGCCAACUUUAAUAGGAAAUUCUCCAGUACGAAAAUCUGGGGUAGGCGUGACACGUAGUUUAUCUAGUGCAAGUAAAUUACCACCUUCAAGAUUCACUCCUCCCCCUGCUACUGAUACUGCUGCGACUACACCCUCGAAAUUGGCAACCUCAGUUGGAACACAAUUAAGACCUCCAAGCUCGUUUGGACUAAGAAGACCAAAGAAUCAGCCAUGA